AUGAAAGUUGUGAAGCGCCUUUUUCUCUUGCUCAGCUGCUGGACUCUUAUUUACCUGCAUCCCGUCCUCGGUUCACUCAGCCGGACCAGACCGAGCGAGCACCACCAACACCGACUUGGAGAGGCAGCGGAGCGCGUUGCGGGCGGCGGUGAAAGAGGGCAAACCAUCAGGGGCACCUCUGAAGCAACCAAGGGGAGACCAGUUGUGACCGCAGCUGGGACUUGGAAACCCUCCCCGGUGAGUCCAGCAAGGAUUACGCGUAUCCGUGCAGGUCCACCGUUAAUCAAGGGUGAAGCUUCUGUUACCAAAACUAAAUUUCCAGCCAAGGAUUCUGCAUCCUCAUCCUCGUCAGUGCGCGGCGGAUCAGCGCCGUUGAAUCGUGCGCAGCAGCAGCAGCAGCAGCAGCAGCGGGACAGAGCAGUCAGCUUGGGGCGCAAAGAGGCAGUGCGCUCCUGGCUGCCCGGCGGGGAUGGCCACGUCAAAGCGCACGCUCCUGCAGCUUUUGGCGUGUCCACCGCGGGGAGAGGAGUCGGGACGGCGGCUGCUACUAAGGGUUCUUUGCCGGGGAAACAGUUUGGGAAAGUUGCCCCAAAAGCGGGUGCAGUUUCACCGAUGCGCACGGGGCCACCUCAGAGAACACUCGGUGCGCAGAAGCAGCAGAAGCAGCAGACCCCAGGUCCAGCGGCACAGCGAGGAACAAGUUUCAAAUCCCCGAAACUAACGAACCGGGAAUCGCAUCACAAACAGCCACUGGUUAUUCCCCACGACUACAUGCUGUCGCUGUACUGGUCUCUGUCCACCGGGGACCUCAACAGCAGCGUGCUGCAUGAAGCGGGGCUGGCCAACACCAUCACCAGCUUCGUGGACAAAGGACAAGGUAAACACCGCUGUAUAGCAAUUUUCUCCCACUGUUUUAUUCAUACUGUUAGAUGUUUUAUGUUAAAACUGAGGUAAAACUUUUAUAGAUACGUGAAUCCCCAAAGAGAAGACCUGCUAGCUUUCCCAAUGAAAACAACAUUUCAAGUUAAGAUUCCAUCGCCAAGAAAGUGAACGACAUGCAUUGUUUUUGUUAUGCUGUGGAAAAACUUGCCAAGUCCUUGUAGCCUGACUGAUGAAUGGGCCUGACUCUUGGCAGCAUUUCUGGAAGUUUUUUUUAUGAUUAUUCAAAUCAUAUUCCCUAUUGAGUUGAACAUCUGUCUGUCCAUUGAUAUAAUUUAGUGCACUAUAGCAGAAGUGGUGCUGAUGAUCUCAAUUUGAAUCAUAAAAUACCUGACAAAAGAGGGGACACAAGCCCAGUUGUGAGCACAGUGCCGGGCUCAAACCUCUAUGAGUGGAGCUGAACUGAAAAGGGAGAUGAUGUCUGAUUUCUGGCUGGGAGAUGUGAGGGAGAGCACCGGAGGUCAAGCACCAGUCUAGAGGUUUCUGGAGGAGGGCGGUUCUGGAAACAGGGCUGUAAAUUGUCUAAAUGUAGACAUGCCUGUGCUGGGGAGUUCAUGAGGUAAGAGAGCUGGAGCAUCUGGAGGGGAGUCAGGGAGGUCAGCUGCUCUUAUACACACACAUACAGAGGGAAUGAUGGGAAAGGAGAUGACUCUGUUGCACAUAAAUGUGCUGGAACUGACUUCAAAGCUGCUGUGAGCAGAAUUACUGAUCACACAUCUACAGGUCACCAUAUUAGGGGUUAAAGGAGCAGUGCAACAUUUUGGGACACUUGUUCGUCGGCUGCACUUGCUGAGUUUUGGGCUGGACGCUGACAAUAAAAUGAAAGCUAGACUUGUAGCUGAAAUCAUCAUCAUUGAGAAUAGAAAGAAGAGGUGUGAGCCAACUUGGCUCCAUCCAAAGGCAUCAAACAAAACAGUGCUAUGCCUCAGUAUUUUCAGAUUUAUGUAAGUCUUUUAAAACCUGAAAGAACUUCCAGUUAAGGCUUGAUGUGGAUACAGUUUCAGACUUAUGAUUCUGUCUGUUAGUUGUUCUGAUAAUUUAUUAAAACAAAAGUGAUCCUGGGUUUUGGCAUUUUUUCUCAAACUGGUUUUGAAACAAUGAUUUUAGCAGUGAUGACUCUUUUAAGGCCAUCUGCAACAUGUUCAACAAAUCCUAGAAUGUGACUUUAAAUGCCUACAUCUGCUGUGUGGGAUGGGUGUCAGACCAGCAUGCUGGAGAAACUGCUUUUUAAACACUUGUGAUAUAGUUGGCUCUUUAUAAAAUGAAACAUCAAGUUUUUUUCAUCAGAAAAAAAAUGAGACAAGAACGAGACAAGAUCAGCAAAAGGACUUAAUAUGACUUUGUCCUUUGGGGGGCACCAUAAUCGACAGUGAUAGAAAGUUCCUUACAGGCUCUUGAAGGGAUAUUCAGGCAUAAAACUAAGUUAGGGUCAAACACACCAUAACACUGAGUUAGACACCCCCUCGAGAGAUGAAUGUUGCUGACUGCUUGCUUCUCUAGUUAUACAAGCUUUAGUAAAGACCGCACAAUAGCAAUACACAGCAAUCUAAAUCUCCAUGUGCAAACUUCAACCAAAAAGCCACUCUAUAGCCACAAAUAAUGCUCAGAACAGCAUCUAACUUCAUCAACAGUACAUAUAGGGUCCCAGCCAUAGUACUAGCCAUCAAACAUCUUUCUAGCUUUGCCUGGUUUCUUUAGCAAAGAGACCAAACACAACUUAUCCACUCUCCUCAUGCCGCCGCCUGUUUAUGGGGGAGCCCUGUCAAAUUGAUCACCGAGUGCAGCGGAGUUUCGCAGCUCAAGAAAGAACAUUUAUGAUUAUUGCUUUAUGGAAAAGCAAUCAGACCGAGAUGCUAAGGCAGAAGAACUACCACAUCUGCAGUCCAAAAUGAUUAAUAUGAUGAGUAUUUCUUCAUGGAAAUGAUCCGCUGCACUUGGUGAUCGACUCGUCAGGGCUCCCCCACAAACAAGCGGCUGCUGGAGGAGAGUGGGUGAGUUGUGUUUAGUCUCUUUGCUAAAGAAACCAGGCAAAGCUAAAAAUAUGUUUGAUGGCUAUGAUGAUUUGUGGCUACGAUGGCUUUUUGGUUGACCGGAUUAAAGAAGGGACGCAUAUCGAAUCAAUCCUCAGACAAUAUAUGGCACAUUUUAAAAGUUAAUGAUUUCACCUCAUUUUGUUGACAGUAUGACAAAAAAUGUAAACAACACUGUGAUUCUUCAAAAAGAAUUUAUGGAGAGCAAAAAAAAAAAAAAAAAAAAAAAAGGUGGUUAAUGGUGUACGAGUCAUCUGAGAAACAAAGAGGAGACCAGGAGGAAGACAGUGCCAGAAUUAGUGAGUGAUGUCAAGUGAGAGAAGUUUAAACACACAUGGAGCUGAGUCAAACAGACGUCGAACAAAUUAAAGAAAACAGACACAAAGAAACCACAAACCACAACAAAGUAUGGACCCUGGCAGUGUUACAGGACUUGUUAAGUGAGAGGAAAAUAUCAGAGCUGUUGGCACUUUUACAACUGCCAACAGAAAGACACUAAUGUUUAGACGUUAUACUAUUUACACUACCCAUUAGAGCAGUAAUGGGAAUGCUAAUGUACCAUGAAGUAAGACUUCAAAGUAAAGUUUAAUGUCCCUUUGACCCACUGAGGAGGCUGUUAUUAACACCAUUGUCAUGUAAGCUGUGAAUCAAAGGGACUGAAUUGUAAGUUACAUAUAUAGAUCGUUUUUAAAUCUAUCAAAUCAUUUUAAGUUUAAAUUUUACAUCAACGUGAUUGUAUGCAGGAUCAUGUGAAGAGGAAAAUGUCUAUAUCCCAGGACUCCUCCCCUUUAAAUUCACUCUGUUUUAUGUAGUUUUGCACAACAACCCACUCACUAUACAUCUUUUGCCUACACAUCAUACAGCCUGAUAGUGUUAUCACUUAAAGCAGGGACCACACUGUGAGAUACUCAUUCUGAUUUUGGCGAAAGACUGAUUUUCUUUUGCCAAAAGACUGAUCACUGGAUCAGUUAUAUGCUUAGGAUCAGAAAUCCUUAUUUGUCUAUGUUGGAUCCCCGAGGACAGCCGCUGUCUGUUGUCAUGUGGAACAAUACAAUAGUCAAAUAGGAAGUGAGCUGAUUGAAGGAAGAAACAACACAAAUGUAGCUAUGGCAACAAUACUAAAUGCAAAGCAUAAACUGAGAAGGAUGUCGGAUAUAUUGAAUCCACUUGUUAAUACGUGGUAACGACACAGUAUUUACACAACAUGUUUGGUAAAACAUACCACAACCAAAAUGUAGAAGUGUCCAACGAAACUCUAAUGUAGAGUUUCAGUUGUCUUCUUCUUGAACAAAACAUUGAGCCUUUUUACAGCAUUUUUGGUAAUUUUGCUGAAGGAUUGCUGUAAUCAGGUCUUUUUUGGCACUUUGCGUGCAUUUUAAACAUAUGAUUUCACCUACUUAUUAUGCAGUAUUUGCGAUUAGGCAACACUUAAAUCAAUGAUUUGAAGACAGUUGUUGAGUUGUUUGUUUUUGUUGCCAAAACUGUCAAAUUUAAUCAAACCACACCUACCAAGGUCUGAUGAAGAAGGUUUCUAGUUUUUGAAAAGUCUAGUUCCUCCUCAGAAAAUACUCUGGAUUUUCAAAACUCUUCAGUUGCCUCUUUUUAAAACCAUAUUUAAAAGAAAUAAUAAACAUUUUUGAUUAGCAAACAAGUCUGCAGAUGUGUAAGGUUUGAGACAGGACUUUGAACAUGCAUUAGAGUAAACUUUUGUGUUUUUCUGUGUGCACUGUUUAUAAUUUUGGUUUCUCUCAGUCGGUGUGUGAGUGUGAAACCAUCUGGUCAGUCAUUGGCAGCUCUGCUCCUCUCAGUGAUAUACGGCCUCAGGAGGGUAAAUAAACACUCCUCACAGCCACAAGUAGGGUGGCCCCCCUGUGUAAUGUUAUCUUUAGGGUGUAAAACUGUUUAAAACAGUGUUUAAAUGAGCAGAGUUGAAUAUUUCUAGUCCUGCUAAAGGUUUACAUUUCAGCCACUUAAUGUACUUUUAAUUUGGGCUUUAUUUGUUUAGUGUGUCCUCAGCAAAUCACCGCUGACCCCCUCCACAUGUUGAGGGGCUGAGGGGAGGCGUAACUGAUGGCCUGACACAUCUCUUCCCACACACUUGUUCACAUCAGUGCACUUCUUUUUCUUUCUUUCUUUCUUUCUUUCUUUCUUUCUUUCUUUCUUUUUGUCAUUCACCACACGUUGAUGUCUGCUAAUGACAGUCGUAUGUAACAUCAGUGUUGUGAUUAAUGAAUCCUUUAAACUCAGUUACUACUAUCUGUUAGUGGUAGAGCUUUCAUACCCAGUAAUCUCCUUACUAUUACAUAAACUGCAAACUCACCUCUGUGACAAAUGGAUCAUUUCUACUCAAGACCGAUCAUCCUACUUGGUGGGUGAGGUUGUCUGUCAUCAGCACAGUUAAAGGGACAUCCCGGCAUAAAUUUAAGUUAUGGUGAAACACACCGUAACACCGAGUUAGACACCCCCUCGAGAGAUGAAUGUUGCUGACUGCUUGCUUCUCUAGUAAUACCAACUUCAGCAACGACCGCAGGAUGGCAAUACACAGCAGUCUACGUCUUUACGUGCAAACCACAACCAAAAAGCCACUCUAUAGCCACAAAUAAUGCUCAGAACAGCACCUAACUUCAUCAACAGUACAUAUAGGGUCCCAGCCACAGCACUAGCCAUCAAAAAUCUUUUUAGCUUAGCCUGAUUUCCUUAGCAAACUGUUAUCCAAACUGUCUCAAUAAAAAAGUUCUGCUGUAUCAAUGAUGGAAACUCUGAACUCACCAAGAAAGGUAGUCCAGUUGUCAGUUCCUACUGACGGACCAGUCAGCACCCUGUGAUCUUGGGAACCAUCACAUCUUUUUAUGUCAGAAAAGCAUCUUCUCCCUUAAGGGGUACUACAAGGAUCUGUGAUUGAUCCCCUUUUCUUCUCAGUUGACUCCACCUGUGUUGGUUUAGUCGUUUACUUUAAAUCAAGUAAGGAAUCUAAGGGUUUCCCAUAAAGGUGGCCAAAUAAUAAAAAUGACACUCAAUGGAUAGGAGCUCAAGAGUCCAUAUCCAUCAUAUGGAGCAUCCAUGUGGGUUGUUUUUUUUUCUGUUCAUACAAUAACACCCCUGAUCACUCAGCACAUCUUACAUUUUCAACCUCUAAAUUCUGUGUAACAUCUUUCCCCUAUCUACAAUCAUAGCUAAAAAGAAACCAUACACAUUAGCUAAAAGUGGCAAAUAGAAGAGUUAGAGUACCUUUGUGUUUCCUGUGGUGUACCACAGGGAUCUAUGCUUGAUCUCUUUCUUUUGUCAAUAAACAUUACCUCCCAUCUUUUUUAACCUUCUGAAACUUUCAUUAGCAGAACUUUCAGGGUCAGUUUGGGCCUUUUAUCUUGCCCAAGGACCACAAGGACUGAUCAGAUAGUCUUAUAGUUAACAGACAGCCUGUCCUAUUCAAGGUGACAGAACAAACUGGACUUUAGUUUCAACCUCCCUUUUGUACCGAGUAUACGAUGUCAGUGCCAGCAUUUGUGUGAGUGUGUUUGUGUGUUGGUGCGUAGUGCAUGAUUUGUUUCCUCUACAGCAGAUAGCUGCAGGUCCAAAAUAACAGGCCUGUUUACAGUCCAAUGUGGUCUCUUUGUCUGGUUCUAAUGUACUUUUCAAUGCAUGCUCAAGCCCUGGAUAGAAGUAGGGGAUAACGUGAGAAGGAGUGAACAUGGGGGAGAGAUCUGCUGCCGCUGCUGCUGGUGUGUAUAUAAGUGUGAGUUUGUGUGCUUUUGUGGAUUUUGUUGCUGGAUUUCAUUUAGACAUGGAGGUUUACUGGUUUCCCUCACCGACUACAAAAGAAAACAUUACACACCACACCGUUCAGCUCAGUCCCCCUUAUGUUCUGGUGCUUGUGUGUACAACUGUGUACAUGUUAGACAACUGUGUGUGCGUGUGAGAGUGUGUAACAUGUUGGUGUCUGCUUGCAAGAGAACCAUUUGCAUGCUGUAAUAAUAUGCAUAGAUUUUUUGCGAUAUUGAUGUUUAUAUCCCAUUUGUUUUCUAUGUUUGCUGUAGGGGUUCUUCAGAUAUGCAACCUAUGACAUGGACAUUCAUGCAUUUCUGUAGCAUCAGGGGUUCUGACUUUUAAAGUGUGCGCUAAAGUUGGGAGGUUUAUGGGCUCAGUCUAGGGAAAUCAGGAGUCAAAAUAGCAACUCAUAAACUCUUUGAAAUAAUUAAUGUAUCAAGUCAUCAACCAUUUCUGAUGAUGUUCAAAUUCAUGAAUUAUCCACAUCUACAGCCCUCACAUAAAAGCUUCUUUGGAGAAUACAUAUUUUUAUCUGUUUUGCCUGUUGCUUGCAUUGUUAUGCUAUCCUUUUUUUAUUACAAUCACAAGGUAAAAAUGUCAUUUAGCAGACGCUGUGAUGCAGAUACAGUGAUUUACACUACAGAGUCAUGUCUGUUUUCUAAAUGUUUUCUUUUUUGCAUCAAUUUUAAAAAGUGCAUUUACUUUUCAUAAAAUCAUUUUUAAUUCAAGAUUUGAUGAGUAGUCUUUGUGUUAUUUUCAAUCAAAUAUGGGAUUUUUUUGAUUUGCAAAAGCUAUAAAUUAGUUAUAUUAACAUUUUACAUACUUUUUUGUGGAUUGGACCUUUAAAAAGUCUUAUUUACAACUUCAACACUCUAACAUCCAGAAAAUAAACUGCUCAACUUAUGUAAACUUGAAAAUUCCUGAGUUUUUUUUAUGGUUUGUAGCUGUUGUGUAGGUAUAUGGUUCCAAAUAUUCAGUCACAUGUCAGUCUGUGCAGCUAUAAACAUGUUUCUAUGUUUAUUUGUCAGUUAAUUCCUGCUUUCGACCAGAUUUUACCAUUUACUUCUGCGCAGAGAAAUUUGCCGUUUGUUCAGCUUUAACUCAUAUUUCCCUUCCUCUGCUCUUGUAUCUCUGUCCUUCCGCACAGACGAGCGUGGGCCCCAGCUGAGACGGCAGAGGUAUCACUUCAAUGUCAGCUCUCUGGAACGAGACGGGCUCCUGGGGGCUGAGUUACGCAUCCUGAGGAAGCGCCUGUCUGACCCACGGAGAGCCUUCCUUGGAUCUGCAGCCGCUGAUGGGAGAGGGGGUGGAGGAGGUUCGUCCCCGUGCCUGAAGCUGUACACCUGUGCAUCAGGUAAACAACAGGCUACUCUGCUCCAGAGUAAAACCAUGGAGGAUCUGCUUGGUGGAGGCGGAUUUGGCAGCAAAUGGGAAGUGUUUGACAUAUGGAAAGUCUUUAAGGGCUUUAGAAACCAUCAGAACCAGCACUCUCAGCAGCUGUGCUUUGAACUGGAGGCUGUUGAGCUCAGAGGUGGGCGCCUCGUGGACCUGCGUACUCUGGGGUUUGCUAGACCUGGAAGGACCAACAAGGAAAAGGCCUUCUUCCUGGCAUUUGGCAAAAGCAAGAAGCCUGACCUUUUCUACAAUGAGAUUAAAGCGAGGUCAGGCCAUGACAACAAAACCGUCUAUGAAUACCUGUUCACUCAGCGACGGAUGCGUCGAGCUCCCGCUGCACGUGGGGCAAAAAAAAACCUGCAGCAGCCGCCGCACUCCCUCCCUCAACACCAGGUGGUGAAGACCCAAACGAGGCCGCGAUGCAACCGCAGACGACUCCAUGUGAACUUUAAAGAGAUGGGCUGGGACGACUGGAUCAUUGCGCCGCUUGAGUAUGAGGCCUUUCACUGCGAUGGUGCCUGCGACUUCCCAAUUCGCUCGCACCUGGAGCCAACCAACCACGCCAUCAUUCAGACCCUGAUGAACUCCAUGGACCCCGAGUCGACCCCACCCACCUGCUGCGUACCGACUCGACUCAGCCCGAUCAGCAUCCUCUACAUUGACUCGGCCAAUAAUGUCGUCUAUAAGCAGUACGAGGACAUGGUGGUGGAGUCGUGUGGCUGCAGGUAG